AUGGAUGACUAUGGUGAUUAUCUCCCAAUGUCAAUUAAAACACUAACUUGUAGUUAUAAAUUCAAGAAACCAUUAAAAAGAAAUAACAAUAUACCAAAAAAUGUUCGAGUUUUGGUAUUAGACAACUAUAACUUUCCAAUUAUCAAACAGAGGGUUCCAGAAACUAUUCAUACAUUAGCUUUGGGUUCAAACUUCAAAGAUUUCGAAUCAUUAUCAAAACUUCCGCAAUCAUCAAUAUUUAAUUUAACUUUAGGAGUAGAGAAUUGUGAAUUAACAGAUGAAGAAAUUAAACAGUUCAUUCCAAAAACAAUAACAAAAUUAACAAAAAAUAGAACAAACUAUCCUUUUGAUAAAAGUUCUGUUGAUAAACACGAUCGUUUUCAGUGGUUCAUCGAUUACAAAAAUCCAAUAGGAAAAGGAGGCUGUAGCAUUGGAGUAUUCAAAGGUAAAAAACUAGAUGGUAAAAUAAACAACAUCCUUAUACCAAACGAAGGCUGUUGUGCAAUUAAAAUCGUUCUUCACAAAGAAAUGGGGAAACACGAAAUUAUAACAUUAAAUAAACUUAUUGGGAUUGAAAACGAAAAUAUUAUCAAAUUUUAUGGAUAUGGAAAAGGGGUGCAUACUGAUGGUCAGGAAUGCUUAUUCAUCUAUAUGGAGUAUUUAGAAGGUUACGAAACCAUUUCAGAUAUAUUCAAAAACAAAAGAGUAACAGAACCCACCUUUAACUUUUCCGAAUUACAAAUUGCCAAGGUUAUCAAAUAUUUUUGUGAAUCGUUAAAGUUAUUGCAUGAACAAGGUGUUGAAAACUGCAAUCUAUCAAAUGACGAUUUUAAAAAAUAUACCAACAGUUACAAAAAUGAAUGUCAAUAG